UCCGCAUAAUUCGAAAAUUUUCCAUUCCAAUUUCCACCCGUAAUCGUUCGCAUUUAGCAAGGAGACAUUGUGUAAGAAAAGAAAAGGUACCUUUAAAAGAAUAUAUAUAAUUAAUGUAUUAAUCUAUCUAUGGAAGGGAUGAAUAUGAGGAAGCUCAUGAAAGAUGGUUUCAUCCUCAAGAGGCCUUCAAAGCUCCACUCGAGAUCACGCGCUAGAGAAGUCAUGGAGGCAAAGAAAAAGGGCAGGCACUCGGGAAACGGGAAGCGAAAGGGAACUAAAGAAGCACGUUCUCCGUCGAAGCUUCAAUGGAUGCGACGGAUAAGGGUGUUGCGCCGCCUUCUCCGCCGCUACCGAGACGCCGGAAAAAUCGACAGGCAUGUGCACCGUGAGGUAUACAUGAAGGCCAAGGGAAACGAGUUCAAGAAUAAGCGUGUUUUGAUGGAGUAUGUUCACAAGUUGAAGGAUGAGAGGAAACGUUCGAGGGCGUUUCAAGAUCAAUUCUUGGCCAUCAAGGAGAAGAAAAAAACGCUAUAGUUAAUUUUCAUUGAUUAAUUGAUUUAGUUUUUGAAUUUGUUGUAAAUGUAUGUUUUGUACUUGUUACUUUAUUUCCUAAGUAUAUUUAAAUGUGGAAUGUUAAUUGUUGUAUUAUUUUGAUUCUUGUAGUUAAUUUUGUUAA